UUCCUUUAUAUAUUACUAUAUUAGUAAACUUCAAUCUACCUCAUGUAGUUCUUUUCAUGCAUAUUAAACUCCACCCUAAUACCAGACAGUCCAUAAAACAGCUAGGAGUCACUUGAUCUCCAUAAGAAAUGUCAAAAAUCUUUCAAACUAUGCUUUAUCAUUUUUAGAUUCUGCUCUCACCUUGCAUUCCCUAGUCUACCAUGCCUCGAUCAUCAUCUGUAGGCUCACCGCAGCACACUACAACAGCAGCUUCUGAUGAUGACUAUAACCAGCCGCUUGCUUUUGUUCAUACAACAAUAUCUGGGGCUGGCCGGCUUCUCCCAUCAUCUAGCCACUGGAACUCCAUAGAAAUUGACUUCAACAUCUUACCUCAAUCACAAACUCCGUCCGGAUAUGAAUCAGUACUCCCUUCAAGAUUCUCUAAAUCCUAUGACUACAAUCUAAUUGUCACUGAUAAGACACACUUGAAACGUUGCGUUUAUGUUACAGUUUCUUUUUUUCUUGUUAUUGCCCUUAUCUUUUUUCUGUUACACUUUGUUCCCUUGCACAAGCACCAUCACCAGGACUCUGUCAAGAAUCUUACACUUGCUGUGAAUCAAGCACUUGUCUUCUUUGAUGCUCAAAAGUCUGGGAUUCUUCCAAAAAACAAUUUAGUGAACUUCCGAGGUGAUUCUGGUUUACAAGAUGGAAAUAGUAGUACUACGAACGUUGAUCUUGUGGGAGGAUUUUAUGAUUCAGGGAACAAUAUUAAAUUUAGCUUGUCAACUGCUUAUACUAUAACUUUAUUGAGCUGGACUGUGAUUGAGUAUCAUGAGAAAUAUGAUGAUAUAGCUGAACUUGAGCAUAUAAAAGACAUCAUAAAGUGGGGGAGUGAUUAUUUGCUCAAGGCCUUUGUUCCUCGAAAUUCAAGUGCUUCCACUCCUAGUAAAAUCUAUUCACAGGUUGGGAGUGCUAGUAAAGAUUCUAAGGUUGACAAUGAUAUAAAUUGUUGGCAAAGGCCAGAAGACAUGAGCUACGGAAGGGAUGUAUUGGUCUGUGAUAGUACUGCUUCAGAUUUAGCAGGGGAAAUUAUUGCAGCAUUCUCAGCAGCAUCAUUAGUAUUUAAGAACAACGAAGCUUAUGCAGGAAAACUAAUAAAAGCAGCUGAGGAAUUGUUUGAAGUUGCUAGUAAAAAUGGCACAAGACAUAUACAGGGAAUGUACACUAACAGUGAUUGUGGCAAACAAGCCAGUGAAUUUUACAAUUCUUCAGGUUUUAGAGACGAGUUGAUAUGGGGUGGAACGUGGUUAUUUUUUUCAACCGGGAACAGUACUUACCUCGACUAUGCCACCACAAAUUUUGAUGCAGCAGUAAAAGAAGAAUUGUCCUCUGAAAAUGGGAUCUUUUAUUGGAAUAAUAAGCUUAGUGCAACUAUGAUUUUGCUAUCAAGACUUAGAUUUUUCCUUGACCUGGGGUACCCUUAUGAAGAUGCAUUUGGAUCAUCAACCAAUAGGACUGACUUGCUCAUGUGUUCUUAUCUCAACAAACUGCAAUCUGAUAUGACAGACGGUGGUUUGAUCCUCUUGAAACCUAAAUAUGGUGCACCGCUACAAUAUUCUGCAACAGCGUCUUUUCUGAGUAAAUUGUACAGCGAUUAUCUUGAUCUAUUGCGUAGAUCUGGUAGCAGCUGUGCUGGCUCUGUAGUAACACUGGAUAAACUGAGAAGUUUCUCAAGGUCUCAGGUUGAUUAUAUACUUGGAGAUAAUCCUAUGAAGAUGAGCUACAUUGUCGGCUUUGGUGAUGAGUAUCCAACACACGUUUACCAUAGAGGUGCAUCGAUACCAUGGGAUCACAAAACUCAUUCUUGUGCAGAAGGAGAUAAAUGGCUGAACGCCAAAGAACCAAAUCCAAAUCAGAUUGUAGGAGCCAUGGUUGGAGGUCCUGACCAUAAUGACAUAUUCUUAGAUGAAAGGGAUAAGCCAUGGUUUACAGAGCCAACCAUAUCGAGCAAUGCUGGUUUAGUAGCUGCGCUCAUAGCACAUCAUGGCCCUCCGCUCAUGACCCGUGACCAUUUAAAUUCAUCUAGCUCAAAUGGCCUCAAUUUAGGCAUCGACAUGAUGGGUAUUUUUCAAAACAUUCAUCUACGUUAAUGAGACCUUCACUACAUAUCUUUCAAACUGUUAUUGGAAGGAAAAGAUGCAUCAGCACCCGAAAUCAAGGUGUCAAGAUAUAUUGGCUUGAAAAUUUUGGACUUUGAACUAUUAACAAUAACUUUGGAUGUUUAUACAUCAUGACUGUGUUCAAUGCUUUAUUUAUACCUCCUGUAGCAUAGAUCUUGUUGAUCAAGUCACAAAUGGCUAAAACUGCAAUGCCCUGUGUUGAAAAGAUACAGAAAUUUUUUUAUAAGGCUGUACAGCUGAUAGAAGAUUUUCUUUGACGGUAUAAUUUCUGAAAUAUAGCAUAUUUACAGUUACAUCUGUGCAUUACAGAUUUUUUACAAAAAUUGGAACGACUGAUCGACUGAGCAAACGUUUCACAUUGCAUUACGGACUUUUUACAUUGUAAACUAUUGCUAAUUAGAAGGUGAUUCACAUAGUUAUGUACAGCACGAAGGAUAAUAUGGAUAUACACUACAAGCAAAACUGAACUAUCUAAAACAUUGUGGUUUCUUUCACUUCUUUCGCUAGCAUCUUCAGGGAGACUUCAUAUUAUCCAAGUUGAAUGUUAUCU